GAAAUCGAAAUUAACGCUCUUCCACGAAACAUAAACCGCGACCUUCUUUUGCUCAUCAACGAUGUGACGGAAAGGCCAUAUAAGUUAGGAGUGUCGGAAUCCGAUAUCAUUUUCUCGACAGCUCUGUUGCGAGCCAGAAUGCCCUUUUGGAUCAGUGUAAACCGGUGUGUACUACAUGACAGUGAAGACCAACGUUAGUGUAUAGUAUGAAGCAGAUUAUCGUUUUAUGUGCUCUGUUGUUUAUCAGCACGACAGUCGACACUUUACGUUUUGCACCGCGUCACCUCAAACCAGGAUUUGACUAUCUUUUACCAGCGCCAUUUGCAUUUGGUUAUGCCAUCAAAGAAGAGUAUCAUGGUAACUAUGCUUACGAAAAGAGCGGCAAUGGCAUAGUUCAAAGUGGAACUUAUCAGACCCUCCUACCAGACGGCCGAAAACAAGUCGUGAACUACAAAGUAGAAGAUAAUGGAUACAUAGCCAAUGUUAAGUACCAAACAGUGGCUGAGAAAGACGAUUUCUAUUAGGCCUUUAAUUAACGAUUUGACUAUUGCCUACAGUGCAUGCUACAAAAUGUUAGUUAGAAACAAUUACUGCCAAAGUGAAGAAAGCUAAACAUUUCAGAGCUCCGUAACUGUAAAGCGUCUGUAUUUUAGUAGUGCAAUGCAAAUAUAUAGGUCUACUGUA